AUGGAGGGGGGCGGAGGGGAGGAGCGGGCGGGAGGUCGGAAGGCGAACCAGCUGCGGGCGUACUCGUGCACGCGGAACCCGCUGGAGCGGGCGCACGGGUCGGCGCGGUGGGCGCAGGGCGACACGGUGGUGGUGGCGGCGGUGUACGGGCCCCGGCCGGGGACGCGCAAGGGGGAGAACCCCGAGAAGGCGUCCAUCGAGGUGGUGUGGAAGCCCAAGACCGGGCAGAUCGGGAGGCAGGAGAAGGAGUACGAGAUGACGCUCAAGCGGACGCUGCAGAGCAUCUGCCUGCUCACCGUCCACCCCAACACCACCACCUCCCUCGUUCUUCAGGUUAUGGGUGACGAUGGUUCUCUUCUUCCAUGUGCAAUUAAUGCUUCCUGUGCUGCCCUUGUUUUUGCUGGCAUCCCUAUGAAACAUCUUGCUGUUGCAAUUGGCUGCGGAGUGUUGGCCGAUGGUGAUGUGAUUUUGGACACAAGCAAGGCAGAAGAGCAGCAAUUGAAAUCGUUUGCUCACCUGGUGUUCCCCAAUUCAAGCAAGUCUGUUGAUGUGAAAGAAUCACAACAGAAAGAUGGGCAGUCAGAACGGGGAUUGAUAACUUCCAUCACCCAUGGAGUGAUGUCCGAGGACGAUUACUUCAACUGUAUAGAGAGGGGACUUGCCGCAUCUGCGCGGAUCUCAGAUUUCAUGAGGACCACCUUGCAGAAGCACACACCUGACUAUCUCUGA